UUACGUCACCUACAGACCCAUUGUCCCUCUCGAUAAGAAAGCGUUUCAUCCUAUUUAUACAGUCCAUGGUCUCAUCUGCUCUCCAUCAAGAUUCAGGUGAAAAAAACAACGCGGGAAACUAACACGAAAUAAAGCGAGGCAGCAUCUUUGACAGCGAUAAACCAAGGGCAAAGAUGAAGCUGAAUUCCUUUUCUGUUUUUUCCCUGUCACUUCUUUUGUUGUGUACCCAUUUUUCCCUGGCAAAGAAGGGAGGAGGCGGCGGAUUUGGUAGAAGUGGUAGCUCUGGCAGAAGUGGCAAUUCAAAGACUUCCUGGUUCAGCAAAGGCAACUCCCAAAGUAAAACUAACACAGGCCAGAAAACUAACCAGGGCCCCAACACUCAGGGCAGAAACCCCAAACAACCCGCACAACCCAAUCCAGGAAAUUAUCCCCGUCAAUCACCCGCAGGAGGCCCCCAUAAUCAGAAUCCUAUGCGUGGAUCCACACACGGAGGUUAUCAAGGUGGAUAUAUGAACUAUAACCCAAAUAACAAAGUCCUUAGCCCUCGCUUUGGAGGCAGCUAUGGUUAUGGGGGCCGCGGGUCUUGGGGUGGCUCUCCCUUUUCCCAAUCAGUUCAGCAAAUGGGCAUGUAUCCCAAUGAUCGGUCCAGAGGGUUUGGGCGCACUGCAGUUGUGGCAGCAGCUGGAGGGGCUAUGGCAGGAAUGGCCCUGGGUUACGGUUUAGGAAGAUUCCCCCGCCCUUACUUCCCUUUCCGCAGCCCUCAUGAUGAGUAUUCCUACAACCACUACAUGUACAGGAGAUAUGGUACACGGUCUACAGAUACAAAUGACUACAGCAGAGACUACGAGUACAAACCCCCCCAGGAUUCUUAUAAUAUAUACAUGAAAUCCUGCAUGCAGAGAACGGAUUUACUUCCUGCAGAGAAUCCAAAGCCAAACAACAAACAGGCUGCCAUGACUCCAGGCACUGGCAAAGUCAGCAACGGGACAGAAACAAUGGACACUGCAACAGAGAGCUCUUCAACCUCUGCCCCUUCGUUUCAACGUCCCAUGAAUCUGGAUGAAACCAAUCCUGAAGAUGAUGAUGAUACAGUCAGCAUUAUGGAGAUCGGAUACCCAGAACUGAUGGAGCAGAUAAAGGCCAGGAGGUGCUUGGAGCUUUACAUGGAACACUCUGAAAAGUACUUACAAGUUAGAAACACUGCAGGGGGACAGGGACUUGAGAUGGGGUGGCGAGUGUUUCUAGCUGUGUUCACAAGUACCAUACUGGUGCUUCUGAGUAGCAACAUGCAAAUGCACUGAGGCCUUUAUUUGGGAUGAAGGAUUUGAUAGAAUAAUUUAACAUUUUCCGUUGUUAACCAACAAAAAGCUGAUAAAGCGGAGUGGAACAGCUUAUCUUUAUAAAGUUAUGUCAUUCCCGGUAUUUACUUGGUGGCCAUUCACUAAUCCUACUAAUUUGAUUAUCAGGUGAAAACAGGGAAGAAUUUAGAGGGACAUCAGGCCACAUUUCAAUGCUGAGUAAUAUUUGAGCUACCAUACUUCUCGUAUAUAGGUCGCCUUUGAUAAAAGCGUCUGCUAAAUGACAUGGAUAAAAGCGUCUGCUAAAUGACAUGGAUAAAAGCGUCUGCUAAAUGACAUGGAUAAAAGCGUCUGCUAAAUGACAUUGUAACAUUGUAACAUAGAACAACAAAUGAAAUCAGCAAUAAUUUAAUUCCCAACUAACAUAGAGGUAACAAGGAAGUAAGUCCCUAGUUGUCUUUUACACCUUUUCUGUUGUAUCUCACAAAUCUACUAAAUGCUAGUAUUGGCUUUCAGCUACUGUCUAUUAUGGUAAAAUUAGGAAGUGAAUGUAUGCUAAUGUAUGCUGUUGUUCUUAAAAUUUUUAUAGAUUAUCAAACAUGAUUUUACCUGGAAUACAACCUUCUGUUUUACGAGACUUUCAUUACACAUUAUCUUUUCAUUUGCACAGUAGCCAAAAGAAAGAGAAAAGCAACUGUGAAGUGAUUAUUUGUUGGAUCCUAAAUUUGUGCCACCCCCCACUUGAAACACAAAACCAUUGCAUUAUUACAUUUGAGUCUCCCACCCUGAGCUUUUUCAGAGGAAAGUGUCUGCUGUGAUUUUCCAUUGUUUUGUUAUCUUGAUACUUAGGCACUUAAUCCUCAUGUGUGCUGAACUGGCACCACACAGCUGGUACAGACUGUUGGACAUAUUGAUUUAGGUGAAGGAAAAGAAGGGGAGGUCUAACUAGGGAGCCUCAGUGUUUCAAUUAAAUGCACUUCCUCUUUCCUCCCAUGAAAGAUGGAGUGUCCAUUACCUUUUACUAUACUGUUUUGAACAAAUGAGGAAUCCAUCCAUUAGUGACCUUUUAGAGUGAACAUCCCCUUCAGCCAGAUGGACACUGUGUGUUUGUUUAAGUAGAUUGUGUUUAUUCAGGGAAACUGGAAAGGUUCUUUGUGUUUUUUCCUUUCUUUCCGUCUUUUAUGUCUUUGUGACAGAGCAAACACAGACUCUGUCAUUAUGCUGAUCAGUGUAAACUUCUUUGCAAUGAUGGGAGUAUGCUUGGAUUGUGAUAGCAUCAUGUUAAAUCUAGUUGCGGUUGCAGUUUCUGUUGAAGGGCUGUCUCAGUCAGGGACAUGUAAAAGAGUCAGAGCAGUGAAUAGUAAUCUAAGACUGUCAAGAAAUACCUGUGUAAUAAUCCUUUACAUUAGUUCAGUGCAUCAGACUGACAUAUUUCACACUAUAAGCAUGACAUUCCACAUUUUAAUAAAAUGAUAUAUAUUCAAUUUUACAUAUCUGAAAACAAAAAUGGACUUCUGUCAUAUAAAGUCCAUUCAACUACAGAAAUCCAAACCUGAAUAACUUGUGAUUACAUCUGCUGGUGCUUUUAUCUAUUUGGAUAAACAGACAAUAAUAUGCAUGCCAAUCCUAACACUACUCACAUUAUUCACUGGAAUAAAAACGUGUGUCUUUUCUGAAUACUCAUGUAUGUUGUCUUAACAUGUCCGUGUACUGCCAUUCUUUGUAAAGUGUAUUGUGUAAUUUGUGAUACCUUUUUUAUAUAUGUACCUCCAUUUUCUCGUCUGCAGGAAGUGUUGCAUAACUCUUUCCUGUCUGUCUGGAGUAGCUUGUGAUUGCUGAAGUGCUCUUAAUACAUUCCCCUCAUGUUCCAACUUUGAGCUGAAUUAAUCUCCAAGACCUACUGAAUGUUUUCCUAUAUCAUCAGAGACCUGUACUAAAGUUUUUCUUAUCGCAGUAGCUGACGAUGAAACAAUUUAAAGGUACUCUCUGGAGUUUGGAAACUCAUUUGUAGGAUAGAUUUUUUUGAUAAACGACAUUUUACACAGCUAACAGACAUUUCCUUUGUCAUAACUCAAAUGACAUUGUCAUUAUUAAAGACCCAGUUUUGAAACAAAGAUAUGGGAUGCAUUCAUCAUAUCAAAUUAACUGUAAUGACUAACACUUUGUGGCCAUUGUGAUAUACUGCAUUCGGCUCUACACAAACAACAUAUUCCCUCUUGAUUUAUCUGAGCAGAGUGCAGUCAAGACUGCUAUGAAUAACAGAGAUUCCCAUUUCACCCAUUACCAUUUCAGUUAAAUUACAACAAACCACUGUAUCCAUUGACUGCAGGACAGUUUCUGAUUCUCAAGUGGAAAAACCCCACAGUGUACCUUUAAAGUGUUGCAUGUAGCCCAUGUCUCCCCAAGCCUGGCUUUGAAUGAAUUCAGUUACAUUAAAUCAUAUAUGUAUCACUUUGAAAGACAUGAAUGCCUUUACCUUUGUAUAUCACUCUGUUUGCUGAAGCUGAUACUCAACAUUGAGGGUUGACUUGCACUUUUUGGUUGUCUUGUCAAAUAAACGUUCAAACUGAAA